GAUCAAUGUAUUACUAGCUGAGCACAGACACAAUGCUAGAUCCAUGCACUGCACUCUAUAACAACACAACACAGCCAUCUGCAUGACACUGCACUGGAGACGACAACUGAAUGACCACUAACGCACCAAUGGAGAACUACAAGAUUCUCAAUGUUAUCGGAGAGGGAUCAUUUGGUAAAGCACUCUUAGUAUGCCACCAAAACACCAAUCAGAACUACGUCAUGAAAGAAGUUCGACUUCCAAAGUCCUCAGGGGCAAGCCGAGAUUCCAGACAAGAGGCCAUUCUUCUGGCUAAGAUGAAGCACCCCAAUAUCGUGAAAUUCAGAGAGUCAUUUGAAGAGGAUGGCCAUCUGUACAUAGUGAUGGAGUAUUGUGAAAGAGGUGACCUGCUGGUGACCAUUAAACAUCAGAGGGGAAAGCUUUUCUCUGAACAGAAUAUUCUGCAAUGGUUUGUACAGAUGUGCCUGGCAGUACAGCAUAUUCAUGAGAAACGGGUCCUACACAGAGAUAUCAAGUCCAAGAAUAUUUUUCUAACACAAAGCAGAAGAAUAAAGUUGGGAGAUUUUGGAUCAGCACGUAUUCUUAGCAGUCCGAUGGCUCAUGCAUGCACGUACGUUGGCACACCCUAUUAUGUGCCACCUGAGAUUUGGGAGAAUGUACCAUAUAAUAAUAAAAGUGAUAUCUGGUCAUUGGGAUGUGUGUUAUAUGAGAUCUGUACUCUAAAACAUCCAUUCCAGGCAGGAGGCUGGAAAAAUCUAAUACUGAAGAUUUGCCAUGGAUCUUACAGUCCUCUCCCCUCACUAUACUCCUAUGAACUGCGUAGUCUCAUCAAACAGAUGUUCCGCAAAGACCCACGACAGCGGCCUUCCGCCAAUACCAUUUUGACCAGAAGAGGUCUACUGAAAGUGGUCAAAUCUACUGUGGUUACACAGACAGAUGAUGAGAUGCCUGAAAACUACCCACAAGAUGAACUGACUUCAGCUAUUCAGCACAUAAAUGAACCAUCAGCACCUCUGGAAGACGCACAGCACUCCAAACCUCUCUGUUCAGGAAGGCGACAUUGGAAGAAGAAACCCACAGACACAGUUGUAAAUAUUCUGGAGGAUGCCACCAGCCUCACAUCAAGUGUAGAGGCUAACAGAAGUGUGGGUGGAGAUGUUAUCAAAUAUGAACUGAAGGAGCUGAGAAAGAAGUGGAAUAAGGAGACGUCUGAAUCAUUGCUUAACAUCCUAAAUAACGCUGAUCUCACCACAGCAUUUCAAACGUACACCAUCUAUAAGGCAAAACCUUCAGAAGAAUGUCUGAAGGGACCACUGAGCAGUGACAUUCCAGGACCAGAUGCCACAGACAGCAGAGAGGAGGAGAUUGCCGUAGAUCCUGAGAGAUUGCAGCCAAGAUCUGAUGAUGAGGACACAGACUUUGAAGAGGAAGAUGUGGACACAGACUGGCUAUCAGAGCUGAAAAGGGCAACAGAGGCUCAAUAUUAAAGCAGAUCUAUACAAAAGUAGU